AUGGCUGCUGAAAAAAUCUUGGCCCCAGAAUCUCAAUUGAAGAAGUCCAAAGCCCAGCAAAAGACUGCUGAGCAAGUCGCUGCUGAGAGAGUUGCUCGCAAGGCUGCUAACAAGGAGAAGAGAGCUGUUAUCUUGGAAAGAAACGCUACUUACCAACAAGAGUACGAAGCUGCCCAAAGAGCUGUCAUUGACGCUAAGCGUGAAGCCAAGGCCACCGGUUCUUACUACGUCGAAGCUCAACCAAAGCUUGUCUUCGUUGUUAGAAUCAAGGGUAUCAACAAGAUUGCUCCAAAGCCAAGAAAGAUCUUACAAUUGUUGAGAUUGAACCAAAUCAACCACGGUGUCUUUGUCAAGGUCACCAAGGCUACUUCUGAAUUGUUGAAGUUGGUUGAACCUUACGUUGCUUACGGUUACCCAUCUUACUCUACUGUUAGACAACUAAUCUACAAGAGAGGUUACGGUAAGAUCAACAAGCAAAGAAUUGGUUUGACUGACAACGCCAUUGUCGAAGCCAACCUUGGUAAGUACGGUAUCUUGUCCGUUGACGACUUGAUCCACGAAAUUGUCACCGUUGGUCCUCACUUCAAGCAAGCCAACAACUUCUUGUGGCCAUUCAAGUUGUCCAACCCAUCUGGUGGCUGGGGUGUCCCAAGAAAGUUCAAGCACUUCAUCCAAGGUGGUUCUUUCGGUAACCGUGAAGAAUUCAUCAACAAGUUGGUUAAGUCCAUGAACUAA